CUCGAGCUCUCUUCACCGCUGAUUAUAUCUCUCGCUGGCGAGGGGUUUCCCCAAGCUUUGCAGCACGCUACCAUGGAUCCGCCUCUUGCAAGCUCUGCUACGCAACUAGUACCACCUUCCCCCCAAGUGAACCCGAGAAGAGAGCUCCGCCGCUGUGAGACGGGGCGACCGCUGCUGUGACGGCGGACGAGGUGCUUCGACGCUCGACGACAAUGAUGCUACGGAAGUCUGCGGCGGGGAUUGCUCCGAGUCCAUCGGAGUUGCUACAACACUGGCGUUGCUGUGAGCCGCUGCUGCGAUUUGGCGCCGGCCGGCAAUGCUUGUAGGGGUCACCGAUCUGCAAGAGGCGCCCAUCGUCACGGGGGGCUACCGGUUAUGCUGCAACCACUUGUGAAGUCGUUGGAGCUACUACAAGCAGUGUUGCGAUGGGUGGCAUCGCUGGAGGUGGUGUGGCGAGGAGCCGGGGAUGUCGGUGUGCCGCACGUAGAUGUUGUGACGGCUCCGCCGUGCUGAGACGACAUCUCGGCUGUGGCGAUGUUGCUGCGACGGCGGCUCAACUGCUGCGACUGAUACUGUGACGGUGGCUCGAGCUGCUCCGGCGGUGCUGCGACGACGGCUCAGGCUGCUCCGGCGAUGCUGCGACGGCUUGCGCCGUGCUUCGAGCCGGUGCUGCAACGGCGCCACCAUGCUAUGAGCCGGUACCGUGAGUGUGCCAGAGUUGUUGCCGGCGUUCUGCGUGCGAUGCCACCUAAGUUUGCUACGCAGGCGAGGAUGUGCGUGCAGCGUUCUGCGAUGAGAAGAAAGAAAAGAGUAGUCAUGUUACGUUGACUUCCAUCGAAUGGGUAGGGCGUGCAGAUCGUAUGGUUCAGAAGGCGGAUGCCGUACGUGCAACCAAGCUUAGGUGGCCUUUGUUUGGGCUUUAGCUACAGAUUGUUGGAUUCUAGUCCAUCCAAAAUUAGAUUCUCAAACAAACAGUCAGAUUUCUAUCUUAGCUUUGAAGAAUCAGAUUCUGGAAAUUGAACUAUGCCGACAUGCAAGCCCGAAGCUGCGAAUUUGCUGAUUCCCGGGAUUCCCGAAUGGCCAUUUAUCCAGGUUCCAGAAUAGACCGACCUCUCCCCGUUAUUACGCUAGAAAUGCCACUGGCCCCGUCCAAUUUCCUCCAGCGCCAGGUUAUCCUCCACCUCGUCCUUUCUCACCCAACCAACAGAGAAGGGGAUUUCCUCCAGCGCCGCCGCCCCUCCCUAUAAUCCCGGUGCCUUCCCACGGCCACGAUCUCUGCUGCGCGGCCGUCCCCGGUCUCCACCUCUGCCGCCGUCCGCCCGUCCCCAAUCUCCACCCGUGCCGCCCCCAAUCUCCUGUCUACGGCGAAGGGGAUGGAUCCGAGCAGCUCCACCCCGACCUACAACAAGCUACUCGCGUCCCCUAGUUCCACAUGCACUGCCCCCGCUGGUGUCCAUGUCUGUCCAUGCCGUCCAGGGGGUGGAUAUUUGCCCUGUUAUUUGCCAAUUUUUGUUUGUCUUUUCUACUGAAUAAUUGCUCAAAUCAUGUGUAUAUGCUCCUGGUCAGAAUGUGUAUAGAUGUUUGAAUCAAAAUAUUUCUGAGUCGUUCAAUCAAUGUGGUCAGUUCUGCAAGUUUUAUAUUUAACCAUUAGUGCAUUCGGGGGUGUUACAGACAUUGCAUAGCUCGUCUGCUUUUCCUAAAGCAGGGCAAAUAAACGGCUAGCUUCUGAUUCUCAGAAUCCCUAGCUGCAGCUGAUUCUCACAAUCCAAGCCACAACAAAUUAGUAGUGUCUCAAAAGAAAAAGAUCUUCCGCACCUCCACGGCCUCUCACCGUCUCGCCCCGUCACUGCCGGGUGGGCCCAUUCAACCCGCGCUCCUAGCCGCUGGCUGGGAAUUUUUACACGCCGCGGGGUCGGGACUCAACCGGCGGCCGCAAAAUCAAAAACCAAAAACUUCGUGCGCACCGCACACCACCCGCGACCGCGGAGGCGGAGCUUUCAAAUCCCCCGCCUCUGCUACUUAUUCCCUCCCCGUCUCCAAAUUUUCGGCGAAAUUUUCCAUUCCCCCACCCGCCCUUCACUUCCCUUCACCCGUCGCUCUCAGCCCCGCAGCGCUAGCUAGGGUUGGGAUCGAUUUGGGGCCUAGGGUUAGGUCAGUUUCCCCAUGGCGGCGGCGGCGGCGGCGGAGGGGUCCGGGGCAGAGGGCCGCGGCGAGGCCGCCGGCGGCGGCAGGCGGCAGCAGCAGCAGGGGCUGGCGGAGCGCCGGAUGCUCCGGUCCCAGUACCACGCCAUGAAGACCCUCAUCAACGAGGAGAGGGAUGACAUGGCGAAGGAGGACUCCGACAAGUUCGCCUCCAUCAUCACGCAGGUGGAGAGCUUGCACGAGCAAGUGCAGAGACCCAGGGAGCAAGUAGCGGAUGCAGAGGCUCUGCUAGAUAUUACAACCACGCUGGUAAAAUCCGUGAGGUCCCAGUCAAGUGAAGGAAUCACACCUUCUGAUUUCGUAACAGCAUUGCUGAAGAAAUUUGGGCAGCAAGCAACCCUUGAUUCCGAGCCUGUCUCGUUGCGCUGGGCUGAUGUUGGGCUUUCUGCUUCACAUGUCUUCAGGGCUGCGCCUGGAUGCUGCACCAUGCUUGGACCCAUGGAUACAGAAGUAAAGCAGCGGAAGCUUUCAGUUGUUAGUAGAAAAAGAAGUGCCAGGCCAACUGAAAAUACUUGUCCUGAAGAGCUUGCUGAUUCUUCUGAGGGAGCAAAGACAGACACUGACCGGAAUGUGACUGUUGUAUUUGAUAUCCUGAGGAAAAAUAAGCGUGCGAGGCUGGAGACCCUUGUUUUGAACAGACAAUCAUUUGCCCAAACGGUUGAGAAUGUUUUUGCAUUGUCUUUCCUAGUUAAAGAUGGCAGGGUGGCAAUAAACAUUGAUGACAAUGGGCACCAUAUAGUCUAUCCACGAAAUGCACCUGCUGCUAGUGCCAUAGCGUCAGGAGAAGUGUCCUACAGCCAUUUUGUUUUCAGAUAUGAUUACAGAGAUUGGAAGCUUAUGAAAGAAGUCGUUCCUGAAGGGCAAGAACUGAUGCCGCACAGGACCGCGCACAGCCUCUCUUCUGAAGAGCGAGAACAGCUGGAGCCGUGUGCGCAACGAACACCGAUAAGGAAACUUUGCCGGAACCGGGGUUUGGUUCUUCAGGAGCAGAUGGUUGUUGCAGAGACACCCGAGGAGGACAGAAGCUCCAAACGCAAGCGUCUAUUCAUAGAUCAGGAGUGAUCAUGCCUGCUUGAAAUGCCUUGUGCCGCGGUCUACGCUGUGUCUGUAUGUAGGAGGUAUUUGCCUGAUUAACGUACCCAUUGUAGAACAAGGUGUGCCAUAGCACCGCUUGUGCUAGUUCUUACCUUGAGACGAGAUUCCUCCGGGAGAGGAAAGAGGGCAAUAGAAAUGUAAGCUCAAUAGAAAUGCUACUGUAGUUCUUUAGAUCAGUCGGCUUAAAUAAUGUUCUUGGAAUCGGACUUGUAUAAUGUCGCUCAGAGUAAUAUGCUUGUGCUGAUAGAGAAAAAGAAAAGGUUUGCUUCUA